GAGAAAGAAUCGAAAUUGAUUGAAGAGGCAAAAAAAAUGGCGAAUCAUCGUUAUGCUGCAUUAUGUUUCUACCUCACUUGCUUCCUUCUGUUCAUUGGAUUCGCUCAUUGCAACCAGAUCCCUUAUUCAGUAUUUGUACCUAGCUCAUGGAAAGCAGCUUCUCGCAGCCUUCUCCAAGGUGUAGAUUCAUAUCAUUCAAAGGCACACGCGGAUGGCCUCUUACCGUGUAACAUAUCCUUCGACACAAUGGACUACACGGUGUUUGGGAAAGGAUGCGGAGAGCACAACAAAGAGGACCAACACGCCCCACGAAAGACGUGUUGUGCGGCUUGGAUGUUGUUCAUUUGUCCCGUCAGGGACUACAUCAAGGACAUGGGCAGUUUGUGCCGGAUGGACAUGUUUUGGAAUGCUUACCAUCAGUACCGCAUGGAUCAGGAAUACUUCAUCAGGUUUUGCAUACCUCCUGGGCACGAUGUCGACUGUGGACCGGUCGAUAAACUCCGUGAGCAAAAAGGGAAGAAGGCAUUGUAUGACCCUCUCGCCCGAGAUCAAGGAGUCCCCGACGUCGACCUUCUCGACGAGGCGGCCGAAUCGCUGAACAUGCCUCAAUCGUUGUCGCCGGGGCGACAACCUGCAACAGCCCGCCCGUAGCAGACGCAGCGGGUGGGAAGGGAAAUCAGCUGGCAGACCGUCGCCGCGACUCUGUCAUCCGUAUAAGUUUGAAUUACUUGAAUUUAUUGUGGAAUUUGCAAAUAGAAUCACCAACUAACUGUUGUUUUUUUUCUUUUCACGUGAAUUCAUUUCAAGGACACAGUGGAAUAUUUGACUUCCAACUAUACAACCAAUGGAUGUAUGGAUAUUGAGCUUGUAAUUCCACAAACAUUUUAUUUUUCCAUUUUACGAUAAUGCGAUGGUGUGGGGAAAGAUAGUUCGAAAUCGACAAUUAUGAUUUUAUGAGUAACUAGUGAUUUUGGCCGCGCUCUGCUGCGGCCU